AUGGAACUGGGUAAUGGUUCUUCUGAAGAUUUGACAGCGCGUGUCGUGGACUUGGUUGCACCCAUCGGUAAAGGCCAACGUUCAAUUAUCGUAGCACCGCCAAAAGCGGGUAAAACGAUGUUAUUACAGAACAUUGCCCAAUCUAUUGUGCGUAACAAUCCGGAAUGUUUCCUGAUUGUCCUUCUGAUCGACGAACGUCCUGAAGAAGUGACCGAAAUGGAACGUACUGUGCGUGGUGAAGUUGUUGCAUCAACAUUUGAUGAAUCUCCAGCUCGCCAUGUCCAAGUUGCUGAAAUGGUGAUUGAAAAAGCCAAACGUCUGGUAGAGCACAAAAAAGAUGUUGUGAUCUUACUUGACUCCAUCACGCGUUUAGCCCGUGCUUAUAACACUGUUGUUCCUUCAUCUGGCAAAGUACUUACCGGUGGUGUUGAUGCACAUGCCUUAGAACGCCCUAAACGUUUCUUUGGUGCUGCACGUAAUAUCGAAGAAGGCGGUUCUCUCACCAUUAUUUCGACUGCAUUGAUUGAAACAGGCAGUAAAAUGGAUGAAGUGAUCUACGAAGAAUUCAAAGGUACAGGUAACCAAGAAAUCAUCCUUGAUCGCCGUAUUGCUGAAAAACGCGUCUUCCCAGCAAUGAAUAUCAAAAAGUCAGGUACGCGUCGUGAAGAGCGUCUCAUGAGCGAAGAAAACCUACGUAAAGUAUGGAUUCUUCGUAAACUUCUUCAUCCUAUGGAUGAAUUAGUGGCGAUGGAAUUCUUGUUGGAUCGCAUGAAAGAAACCAAAACAAAUGAUGAUUUCUUUGAUCAAAUGAAGCGCAAAGCUGCCAACUAA